AUGACUAAAAAGACUCUUGAUUCCUGGCAACUAUUGCUCCCAGAGGCAGAUUUACCCAAGACAUUUCGUGAUGCGAUAUGGCUCACCAGGGAACUGGGCGAGCGAUUUCUCUGGAUUGACUCAAUCUGCAUCGUCCAGGACGACCCGUCGGAGCUCAGGACACAGAUAGGACUCAUGGGAAACCUAUUCGAGCAAUCCCUCUGCACUAUAGCUGCGGUGGAUGCAAAAGGCUCAGAUGGGUCUCAGGUAGUCGAUUCGGGGCUGUUUGUCAGUGGACCAGACCAUGGUAAGGCUGCCUGGCUUAAGGUCAAAGCAUCUAUAACGACGAGCGACAGUCUUGGAGACAGCAUCAUGGGGACAUGUCAGAACUCAUCGGAGAAGCAUGAGACACAGGAACUAUGCGAAGUGGUCAUACAAGAAGCGGGUAAUACGAAGUUUACCUUCCAGCUCCGACUCGAAGACAAGGCAUGGAACUCUCGCGGUUGGGUAUUCCAAGAACGAAAGCUCUCCCGCCGAUGCAUCUUCUUUACCGAAUCUGAGCUCGGCUGGCGAUGCAACCGGUACUGGGAAACAGAACAGACGGGUAUUCCCGAGUUCCGAAAACCUUAUGGCGAUUUCUUCUUGGAAAGGUCUACAGCGUCUGGCGGUGUAUCUUCUGAUGCCCAAUACAAUCUUAGAAGGUUAUGGCAGAUCACUGUAGAGCAAUACAGUGUCACAAAAUUGACAUACAACUCGGACAAGCACAAUGCGAUAAUGGGGUUGGAAGAGCGGCUGGCGACACGUUUUGGCUGCAAAUUCCAUCAAGGGAUUAUAGAUUUUGGACAGUGUGAGCACCUUCAUAUGCAGUUGCUCUGGGUUCCAGUUAUUAGCCGUGGUGGGCUAAAUGAUAUCCAAUUCCCGUGCUGA